UAAAGUAUAUGAUUUCUAUGACGGAAGGGCCUCUAAUUUGUAGGUUUCAUUAUUUUUUGUCCUUUUUAUAGGUAUUGUUAGCUCUGGUAAGAAUCAUCAUGAAGAGGAAGCGAAAGGCCCUUAUAUCUACGAGCUAUUCAGUAUUAUGAUUCAUUCAGGAAGCGCAUCAGGCGGACACUAUUAUGCUUACAUCAAAGAUUUUGAAAAGAACUGGUUCUGUUUCAAUGAUCAAAGUGUAAAUUUGAUCUCCUAUGAAGAUAUCAUAAAAACUUAUGGUGGCUCCAGCACCAAUGCCUAUAUGCUUAUAUAUAGGCAGAUUCAGAAGAAUCAAUAUAGCAGGGUGAUAGGGGACUUUCCCCCGCAUAUUCAAAAUAUCCUCAAGGAUAUCCGAAGGAGAGAAGAAGAAGAGAAGCAGACAUCUGCUUCCCAACAUUUGGAUGCAUUAUUCUAUGCAAUCUUGGCCAGUAGCAGAAGUUAUCAAAUCAGCAGUGAGCAGGUUGAAAUACCAAUUCUCCGACCUGGAACGUGAUAUACUCCAUGCAGCAAAUUAUGAUUUAAGUGUAUGCAACGACCAAGAAGAAGUUCACCGCCAAUACAAACAGGCUAAACAAUAUAGGACGGGUCAUAUAUUAUGUGCACGGUUUGAAAAGGGCCACUUCACUUUGGAGGAAUUCCUGAAGCAAUGGUGGGGGAUGAAUUGGAACAAUUUCUUUAUGAAAUUUUUGAUUUCUUACCAAACAGUCUCAUACGGAAGUACAACUUGGGAGUAAUUCCAGAAGUAUUCAACAAUGAAGAAAAAGAAGAAGAAGAAGAAUCGAGUGAAGGAAAAUGCUGACGGACCUUCAUCGGUCUCUCAUAAUAAUAAUAGUUAUUAUAAUUGUAUAUUCAGAUGAUUUUCUAUGAGUAAAAUGAUAUACCUCACAAUGAAUAUGUUCAAAUAAUUUAUUGGGAUAAAAAUAAAACAAUGAUUUGUAGCGAAUUUGUUGGGUUUUAUUCAAUUCGAUACAGAUACAGUGAAUGUUAAUAAUAAUAAUGAUAACAAUAGGUAAAUGUAGUAACAUUAUUAUGGAGUACCUAAAUGUACGGAACCAUCCAAUGCGCUAUAUGUCAGGUAUGCAUCAUGAAGAAUUAAUGCAUAUACCUUGGUAUUUGAAGGAAAUUUCACUUUGCGAGUCUCGAACUCCAACUUGAUAUCAACAGUUGAGGAUUUCAUGGCAUCCGGUUGGUGGCUACAGUCUAUGAUAAACAACGGGUUCUUUCUGAAUUCCCCAAUACUCAUCAUUGGUUCACCCAUAUCUUUACCAUAAUAACUACGUUGGAAAUUAUCAUAUGCAUAAUAUGCUACAGAGUCCAAUUUCUUCUCAAAAUCCAAAUUCCAACGCUCAUAUGGAUAAACUUCAGAAUUUAAAUAUAGUCGAAUAUUGUUGACUCCGGCAUUUAUGAAUUGUGUGACAUCCUUAGAUCUAUCAUCUGCAUUAUCAGAGUUUUGGAAACCUAUGAUAAUAUAUCGUGGCCGCUCGAGACUAUUGGUAGUUUUCACAGCCCAAAUGUCUGAAGAUGUUUCACGAAUGGCUGGUAGUUCAUACAAAUCCCACAUCCUGUACCCUAUUUUAACCUUGGUUGUUGUACUUUCAUUCAGACGAUUCAAUAGUUUCAAUCUCUGUUUAUCUGACGGCAUAAUGUGUCCUAUCCUCCAUUCAAUUUCAUCAAUCUUCACAUUCGCAUCAACUUCUCCAAUAUAUGAGUUUUUGAACGAGCGUGCUAUGAUGAGUAUCAGCUCCUGCUUCACGUUCAAGAUGACCCUACUAUAGUCCUCUGCGAACCCCAUCAAACAUUUCAGCGGUAGUUUUCCACUGAAUACAUAGCUGGAUUUGUCUAGUAUCGGUUGAUUUUCAUUGUCUAGUCCCCACCCAACCGUUUCCAAAAAUUUUGAGUUAGACUCACCAUAAGAGACCAUAGUCUUCAUGGUUGUAGUAAUGCCUGGCUUCCGAAUCAUACAUACUUGUUCACCUCCAAUUUCAUAACGUCGUCGAAUAGAAACGCUAAAGCGUUGUUAGAUAGAUAACAUGUUUUCGUCAAAUCAGUAGGUGUAAAUUUUCCUUCAAUAUAUAUGUAACUUUCAGAAAUGUUGAGUAUGAGAUCUUGAAAAUUGACCGCUAUUCUUAUUUCAUCGGAAUUUUUGAAUGAGGGCGACCCAUACGGCUUGUAUGUAUGCUCAUGUAGGCUAAUUAGCGAGUGGUCGAAAAUUGGUUCAUCAAAUACUGCCAAUUGAAUGCUGGUAGAUGUUGUGACAACCAUUUUUUUUUGUUAAUUUUUGCUCCUUCUUCGCACAUUCAAACCAAUAGAUUUCAAAAAAAUUAUAUCGCUCGCUGACAAUUUAUGAUGUCUUGCUCGACCGGGAAACUGUCUACGAAUGAACCCUCUUCCCUGCUUACAUUUAUUCUUAUUGAUAUUGCUGCAAUAACGUAGGAUAUUGGUAUUCGUUGUGAGCGAUACACGCUUUGAUUGGUUCCCGAAACAGAACCCCAUUUUUAGGGAAAUCGUUGUGAAAAUAUUAAUCAAGCUGUUUCAAUUCUAACUUUACUAUUAUCUUCUCUCCUCUAAAAUCAACUAAAUGGCCAUUAUCAUACAAAAUUUUCAGUGUCAUGUUGUCGAUAGACUGAUGCCCAGUUGGACUGAUCGGUAGAUAUAUUAUAUUUUUCGGCUCCAUCGAAAGUCUAUAUCCAGGUUCCACAUCAAUAUCGAAUUCGUAAAGCGUGUGUACCUCCUCGUCAUCGAGGUAUGCUCCAGUGGUGAUAUUACAGUCAACUCGUAUGAGUCGUACCUUUAUAAUAUUCACAGGUAAUGUAGAUUCAUACAAUAUAUUAGGUUGGUAAAAUUUUGAUUCGAAUCCCAACACUUCAGCUAUGGAAUUUUUCACCACCAAAUCAAUUCCAUACUUAGACUUCAUUUCACAUUUGAGUGUAUUAUUAUUAGCAUGGAGAGAGAACAUAUCAUCAUCAUAAUUUUGCUCACCCGAUGAUGUAGUGUGUGGUAAAGCUUUUUGUAGACUUUCAUUAAUUUCAUCAAUUUCGUUAACGCCAGGGGGUAUAUGUAUAAUCUCGGUUUUACAUUUGGUGGAAUCUGAGGAAUCCACUCCCCCGACACAAAAACCUAAUUUGUUAUUCGAUUCAUCUAUAUUGAGUAUAGAGUUGUAUGAAUAGAAACCGUGCAACCUCAAACAGUAAGUAUUCUUCGCAUCCAAUUCAAUAGGUGGAUAAAAGUCUGCACUCAAAACACUGAAAUCUCCAGAUAUGGUGAAUGUUUGUGACAUAAUUUCCCCAAAAAAAUUAACAAUGAUAACAGAGAACAAACGUCAAAAUAUUCAGCAGCAGUUAGAACGACAACAACCUUAUUGCUGCCUGCAACAAUGAAGAAUGUCCUCGUUUUCGGUAGGUGAAGUAUAAAUAUCGAAUUUAUUAUAUGUUGCUACAUUUACACCUUUUAUUUGGCAAAAACAACAUGAUAUUUUUCUGGGUAUUGGGCCCAAAAAUGAUAUAAUGUAUGGGGUGUUCCAUUUGAAAUAACAAAGGAGCUACUACUUUGGGAUACAAGCGGCAACACUGUAUAUAUAUAAAAGUAUUUUAGAAGAAUAGAGCAUGUUUCAUCAUCCACGCUCACAAAUUCUCGAAAUGAUCUGUCCUUCUGUUCUCCAGAUACUUCUAAUGUUCCAUCCACUGUGAAACACCCUGUAUAUAAAAUCUAUAAUAAAUAUUAUGAAAGACGUUAUA